AAAUUAGGACGAUUUUUCGAAAAUUACCGAGAAAAAAUCGCUUUGUGAGAAAUGUUUUGAAAAAUUUCGGGUGACAGGAGCUUUUGACAAUUGAAACGUCACUUUAACUGUCAAGAAAAUUUCAUUCUGUGCAGAUUUCGCAAAAACAUACAAGAUGAGAGUUAGCGCAGUUCGUAUGGCUCAACAUUUCGGCCAAUUGAUCAAGGUCAAAGGCAUUGUGACGCAUUCGUUGUCGCCCUUUGAGCAACGGGCCUUUGCUAAAGCCGUUUCCUUUGGUAUUCCCAACUUGAUUCGUCGUUUCCGCGAUGAAGUUUUCUAUGUUGUUCCACCUUUCCUCAUUGGAUAUGCGACGUAUGCCUGGAUUGAUGGAUUGCAUCACGAAUACAGCCGCAAGAACCCCAAGGAUUACGAAAACGACGUCUAAAAUGAUGAAAUUUGGCUUCUAGAUGUGAAAAAUGUUCAAUAACAAAAAUAAAUAUUAGCUAAAAUUGA